CUCUGCAACCGAAGCCAUAACUAAAAUGUCCGGAGACUUAAAUCUGGGACUAAACACGUUAGCAACUCGAAUAGAUACAUUAGUUCCCGAAACCCCGACUCAACAGAGACUAAAAACUGCAGAGCAAAACGCAAACUUAAUCAGCUUAACUCCCGUCAAUACCGUAGGUACAUCCCAGCAGCAAAAUAACCACACCCUAAACCAGAUCACUAAUAUCGCUAAUAAUGAAAAUUCCGAAAACGAGGAUGAAGAAGUCGGACUGAUAGGAGGCCUCACCUUUGACUACGUUCCCAACACUCAUGGACCUAUCCCAAUAUACUCUGGUGAAUCCUCAGGUACAUUCUCUUCCUGGGCACAAAAAUUUUUGGACUAUAUGGAAGGCACCGGUCAGAAAUUAGAUGAACCCUCAAAAAUAGGACGACUCAAAAUGUUUUUAGAUGGAAUACCCCGUCAAACACACCAAUAA